AUGGCUCAAGAAAAGAAGGCAGAGGACCCUGACAGAGGCAUGGACGUCACCCCAGCUCCUCUCAAGCUGUGGAGCACUCACUGUGAUGAAGAGGUGCUCCUGAGGCUCUCCAGACAUGGACCCGGCCACGAGACCCCAAUGACCAUCCCUGAGCUGUUUCAGGAGUCUGUUGAGCGAUUUGGUGCUUACCCAGCCCUGGCAUCGAAGAACGACAGAAAGUGGGACACAUUGACAUUCAGCCAGUAUUACGAAGCAUGCCGCAAGGCAGCCAAAUCUCUCAUCAAGCUGGGCCUGCAGCGCUUCCAUGGUGUCGGCAUCCUGGGCUCUAACUCCCCUGAGUGGGUCAUCGGCGCCAUUGGUGCCAUCUUGGCCGGGGGCCUCUGUGUUGGUAUCUAUGCCACCAACUCAGCCGAAGCGUGCCAGUAUGUCAUCGAGCAUGCCAGGUUGAACGUCUUGCUGGUGGAGAAUGACCAACAGCUGCAGAAAAUCCUGUCGAUUCCACCGGACAAGAGGGAGUCUGUGAAAACCAUCGUGCAAUACAAGCUGCCAUUGGAGGAAAGCGGCAGGAACCUGUACUCCUGGCAUGACUUCAUGGAGCUGGGUAAUGCCAUCACCAACAUGCAGCUGGAUCGUAUCAUCUUGAGCCAGAACCCCAACCAGUGCGCAGUCCUCAUCUACACCUCGGGCACCACAGGGGAACCCAAAGGGGUGAUGCUGAGCCAUGACAACAUCACCUGGACCUCAGGGGCCAUGGCCCGGGAGCUGGAACUGAGCCACCACACCUCAGGGCACCAGAACUCAAUAGUCAGCUACCUGCCCCUCAGCCACAUUUCGGCCCAGAUGAUGGACAUCUGGAUCCCCAUCAAGGUCGGGGGGAUCACUUUCUUCGCUCAACCAGAUGCACUCAGGGGCACCUUGGUGUACACCCUUCAGGAGGUGAAGCCUACUAUUUUCCUGGGGGUGCCUCGUGUCUGGGAAAAGAUGCAGGAGAACAUCAAGGAAAAUAUAUACAAGUCCUCCGGUCUGAGGAAGAAGGUGUUCACAUGGGCGAAGAUGCUCGGCUUGAAAGUCAACACCAAGCGGAUGCUGGGGAAGCAAGACGUCCCCAUGAACUACCGCAUGGCCAAGGCUCUUGUGUUCACAAAGAUCAGAAACUCCCUGGGCCUGGACAACUGCCACUCCUUCUUCAGUGGGACUGCGCCCCUCUCCCAGGACAUCUUAGAGUUCUUCCUCAGUUUGGACAUCCCCAUUGGUGAGAUCUACGGGUUGAGUGAGUGCUCUGGACCACACUCAGUCUCCUCCAAUAACAGCUACAAGAUUUUGAGCUGUGGCAGGAUCUUGAAUGGCUGCCAGAACAUGCUGUACCAGCAGAACAAAGACGGUGUGGGUGAAAUCUGCAUCUGGGGCCGGCACGUCUUCAUGGGCUACCUGGACAUGGAGGACGCUACGCUGGAAGUGCUGGAUGAUGACGGCUGGCUGCACUCUGGGGACUUGGGUCGCAUGGACAACCAAGAUUUCCUAUAUAUCACCGGCCGAAUCAAAGAGUUCCUGAUCACUGCUGGCGGUGAGAACGUGUCCCCCGUCCCCAUCGAGUCCCUGGUGAAGGAGAGGAUCCCCAUUAUCAGCAACGCCAUGUUGCAUGGCUGCAGGCUCUGCUUUUUGGUCUGGGUUGUCCUGGGGCAGAGUGAGACAGACCAGAUGAGCGGAGAGCCCCUGGACAAGCUGAGCUUGGAAGCCGUGAACUUCUGCCGGGCGCUGGGUAGCAAGGCAGUCACCGUGUCGGACAUAGUGAAGCAGCGAGACCCUAUGGUCUACACAGCCAUCCAGUGUGGCAUAGACAUGGUGAAUCAGGAAGCGGCCUCUGAUGGGCAGAGAAUUCGGAAGUGGCUCAUCUUAGACAAAGACUUUUCUAUCUACGGUGGAGAGCUAGGGCAGACAUCAAAACUCCGGAGAUGCAUCAUAAGCCAGAAAUACAAAACUCAAAUCGAUUCCAUGUACUUGUGA